AUGAAUCAGCUGAAGGUCCUGGCCGUUAGGCUUCGACCACAGGCCACCCAGCUUCUGGCAAAGCUCAAUGUCCCACAGCUGAGCCAACGAGGACUCUCCUCCGGACCACCUGAGGCCUUCCCAAGUGGUAGCACCAGCUAUGUGGAGGAAAUGUAUUUUGCAUGGCUGGAAAACCCACAGAGUGUCCACAAGUCCUGGGAUACCUUUUUUCGGACUGCCAGCAUGGGAGCAGCCCCAGGCCAUGCCCAGCCAAGAUCACCAUCCACUAGAGUAGAAAGCCACACGGCUGCUGUCCCAGAGGCCCCUGGACAUACGAAAAGCCAGGCCAUGGCAGAUAAGCUGGUGGAAGAUCAUUUGGCUGUACAAUCCCUGAUCAGGGCUUAUCAGAUCCGGGGCCACCAUGUGGCCCAACUGGAUCCCCUUGGAAUUCUGGAUGCUGACUUGGACUCCUUUGUGCCCUCAGAUUUAAUCACCACCAUUGAUAAACUGGCCUUCUAUAAUCUUCAUGAAUCUGACCUGGACAAGGUUUUCCAUUUGCCCAAUAUCACCUUCAUUGGGGGCACGGAGAGCACCUUGUCUCUGAGAGAGAUUAUCAAGCGCUUGGAGAGGACCUACUGCCAGCACAUUGGCCUGGAGUUCAUGUUCAUUAAUGAUGUGGAGCAAUGCCAAUGGAUCCGGCAGAGGUUUGAGACUCCUGGAGUGAUGAAAUUCACCAACGAGGAGAAGAGGACGUUGUUGGCGCGGCUGGUGCGGUCAAUGAGGUUUGAGGACUUCCUGGCCCGGAAGUGGUCAUCAGAGAAGCGAUUUGGCUUGGAGGGUUGUGAAGUCAUGAUUCCUGCCCUCAAGACGGUCAUCGACAAGUCAAGCGAGAUGGGGAUUGAAAACGUGAUUCUGGGAAUGCCUCACAGGGGCCGGCUCAAUGUAUUGGCCAAUGUGAUUCGCAAAGAGCUGGAGCAGAUUUUCUGUCAGUUUGACCCCAAGUUGGAGGCAGCAGAUGAGGGUUCUGGGGAUGUCAAGUAUCACUUGGGCAUGUACCAUGAGAGAAUCAACCGAGCUACAAACAGGAACAUUACCCUGUCUUUGGUGGCCAACCCUUCCCAUCUGGAAGCUGUGGACCCUGUGGUACAGGGGAAGACAAAAGCUGAACAAUUCUAUCGAGGAGAUACAGAGGGCAAGAAGGUCAUGUCCAUCUUGGUCCAUGGAGAUGCAGCCUUUGCGGGGCAGGGUGUUGUAUACGAGACUUUCCACCUCAGUGACCUACCGUCCUAUACCACUAAUGGCACUGUCCAUAUCGUGGUCAACAACCAGAUCGGUUUCACUACAGAUCCCCGAAUGGCCCGCUCCUCCCACUACCCCACAGAUGUAGCCAGGGUGGUCAAUGCACCCAUCUUCCACGUCAAUGCAGAUGACCCUGAAGCUGUGAUAUAUGUCUGCAGUGUGGCAGCUGAGUGGAGAAACACCUUCAACAAGGAUGUUGUCGUAGACCUGGUGUGUUAUCGCCGGCGUGGGCACAAUGAGAUGGAUGAGCCCAUGUUCACACAGCCUCUCAUGUACAAGCAGAUUCACAAGCAGAUGCCAGUUUUGAAGAAGUAUGCAGACAAGCUGAUUGCUGAGGGCACUGUCACCCUGCAGGAGUUUGAGGAAGAAAUCGACAAAUAUGAUAGAAUUUGUGAAGAAGCUUAUACUAGGUCCAAAGAUGAGAAGAUUCUGCAUAUUAGACACUGGCUGGAUUCCCCAUGGCCUGGCUUUUUCAAUGUGGAUGGAGAACCCAAGAGCAUGACAUACCCUACCACAGGCGUCCCUGAGGAUAUUCUUGUGCACAUUGGCAAUGUGGCCAGCUCAGUACCAGUCAAGGAUUUCAAAAUUCACGGAGGCCUCUCUCGUAUCCUGAAAAGUCGAGUGGAGAUGGUCAAGAAUCGGAUAGUGGACUGGGCUCUGGCGGAAUACAUGACCUUCGGCUCCCUCCUGAAGGAAGGGAUCCAUGUGCGUCUGAGUGGGCAGGAUGUGGAGAGGGGCACGUUCAGUCACCGGCACCAUGUGCUACAUGACCAGGAAGUUGACCGGAGGACGUGUGUCCCUAUGAAUCACCUGUGGCCUGAUCAGGCCCCCUACACCGUGUGCAACAGCUCCCUUUCAGAAUAUGGAGUCCUGGGGUUCGAACUUGGCUUCGCCAUGGCCAGUCCCAAUGCUCUUGUGUGUUGGGAAGCCCAAUUUGGUGACUUCCAUAACACUGCUCAGUGCAUCAUCGACCAGUUCAUCAGUUCCGGCCAAACCAAGUGGGUACGGCACAAUGGCAUCGUGUUGCUCCUACCCCAUGGCAUGGAGGGCAUGGGCCCUGAACAUUCUUCUGCCCGACCAGAGAGGUUUCUGCAAAUGAGCAAUGAUGAUUCAGAUGCCUAUCCGGAGUUCAGUGAUGACUUUGAGGUGGCGCAACUCUAUGAUUGCAACUGGAUUGUGGUCAACUGCUCCACACCUGCCAACUUCUUCCAUGUGCUCCGAAGGCAGAUUCAGCUUCCUUUCCGAAAGCCGCUGAUCAUCUUUACUCCCAAGUCAUUGCUGCGGCAUCCAGAGGCCAAAUCCAGCUUUGAUGACAUGGUGACCGGUACCAGCUUCCGACGGAUGAUUCCUGAAGAGGGGGCAGCUUCCCAGGCACCCAAGGAUGUGAAGCGUCUGAUAUUUUGCACAGGAAAGGUAUACUAUGAUCUUAUAAAGGAACGGAAAAACCAGGAUCUGGACAAACAAGUAGCUAUUACUCGGGUAGAACAGAUCUCUCCCUUCCCCUUCGACCUCAUAAAGCAGGAAGUUGAGAAAUACCCAGAAGCGGAACUCAUCUGGUGUCAAGAAGAGCAUAAGAACAUGGGCUACUAUGACUAUAUCAGUCCUCGGUUUCUCACAGUCAGCCAGGCUCGGCCCAUAUGGUAUGUUGGCCGAGACCCAGCUGCUGCUCCUGCUACGGGAAACAAGAAUGCUCACCUGGUAUCAUUGAAAAAAUUCCUAGACACAGCCUUCAACCUGGAGGCCUUUGAUGGGAAGACAUUUUAGAGCUGAAGGACAGGAUUGCUCUCUCUCUCCUCUGGGAUGACCGAGUGAUGAUGAGAUAGAGCACGUUCCCAAGAUGAGACCAUCCCAAGGAAACUGGAAAUGGGUGGUGGGCCAGCCUGUGGGUUUGGUUUUUCCUUUUUCAGUCGAGACCCUCAGGAAGGCAGAGAGACCCGGACAGGUGCAGGCAGAAAAGGACCUUGGGCAGGGGUUUCAUUCAGGGGCUAACAGUACACCUUUGUGUCUCCCCACCUCCUACCUGCAGGUUUAACUCUCUCUUCUUGGGUUCUCUUCUUGCCUCCUCAGUUAGAAUCUUAUCUAUUACUGAAGCCAAUGGAAAUGACUGGUUGGUUUAGACCAGCCUGCCUGCCUCUUGCCCUUUCUUUGCAGCCUAAUGUGAUUAAAUGAAUAAGCAGUAGAUUAAAAGAAAACAUUUUGUGUUCUUCUAAAUGGCAAUUUCAGCAAUAACACCUGGGUGAAGCAAAGUUAUGUUGGAGCAAUUGGGUUUUUUUGUGCCCUGUUUUACGGGGCCACAUAAUAUGAAGUCUGUCUACCCCUGUGAUCAGUGUGCCCAGGAUUUAGUGUGUACCAAAGUAGAAAACAAUCCAUGUAGAAAUAAACAGUGGUAAAGCA